AUGGGAACGAGUGCACUAAAGAUCGUGCGGGACCCCUCCAGCCGGCUGGUACGAUACGUCUAUCCUGUAUUCCGCGAGAGAGUUGUGGAGAACCUUGCGUGGGGAAUCGAUGAAUGCCUCUUUCUCAUCAUCGCCCCAUGGGCUAUCGUCUCAUACUUUGGCAUGGGCCUGAUCAUAUCGCUGCCAACAGUCCUACACGUCCAGAUGGGCCGUCAUCAGAAGAGCAAGCCAUUCCCCUCUAUAUUUGCAGGCUUCGGCAGAGUUCUCAUCAACUGGAUCCUAGCCAGCAUUAUCAGUUACUUCGCGUUCAGCCGAAUAAUGGACCGAGAGAGCUUCAUUGAGCGUCUCCCUAGUGGGGAUGAAGUAGUGUGGCAGCUGUUUGCCUGUAUCAUCAUAACCGAGAUUGCAUUCUAUUACAUCCAUCGUUUAUUUCAUGUCAAAAUACUCUACAAGCACAUCCAUAAGAUCCAUCAUAGAUUUACAAAUCCUGUGCCGUUCCAGUCAACCUAUGCCCACCCCAUAGAGCAUGUCUUCUCUAACCUACUCCCUCUAAUCAUUGGCCCAUUACUAAUGAAAUCACAUGUGCUCUUCACCGGCUUCUGGCUGCAGCUGGCGCUCCUGAGCACUUUGGUUGCCCAUUCUGGCUAUAAAUACUUGGAGUCAUCCAACUCGGCUUUGCACGACCUACAUCACGAAAGAUUCAAUUGCAACUAUGGGGAGAUAGGUUUACUUGACUACUUGCAUGGGACGUACGAAAUGAAGGUGGAGGAGGCUAUACAAGGCAUGGACGACCUUGGGGUUAACAACAAGGAGACUAAACAGAAGAUUCACUGA